AUGAAGAUGUACCUCAUCUCCAAGGGGUUAUGGGAAGCGGUUGAAGCCACAUCUGGCGUCACCGAGGCGAAGGAGAAGCAGGCGCACGCGGCGAUUGUGCUCAACUUGAGCGAUACUCAGCUCGUGCAGGUCAUUACAACAAGUAGUGCACGCGAAGCAUGGGGAGCACUCGCGCGAGUUCAUCGGACCCAGGACAUGACAAGUCGGCUGUGGCUAAAGGAGAAGUUUGCGACAUUCAAGUUUACGGCAUCGGACGUGAGCGCCCACAUUACGGAGCUGGAGCGGCUCGUGCUGGAAAUGAAUGGAGCUUCGUGUGGACCAAGUGAAGAAGAUACGUGUGCAACGUUGCUACGAAGUCUCCCGGCGCAAUACGAGGGUCUGGUGCAGGCUUUUUGCAUGAGCGUCACACAAUUCAGCUUCAAAGAUCUGGUGAGCAAACUGAUCGCCGAGGAAGUGCGCCAGAAGGAUUCGACGCGCAUUGCAAGAAAAGCUUCAACAAAGGAACGGUGGUCCGCGGAAGACAGGGUCAAGUUUUCAGUGCUUUAA